GACAACGAAGAGUAGUCGAGUUGUUGUUGACCAGCUAAUAACUCUAACUUCUAAUAUCUUCAGUAGAAUGAUGUAAUUCGGAUAGUGUUCUUUAGUAAGCGUAGCUCUGUUUCCGUUACUUAUCUGGUGCUAACGUUAUACUUUAUACGUUUGAGAGUUACUUUAGUUCACGCUGCUUAUUAGUAGCUAACAGCCGAAAGGACUUUGGUAAUACCAUAGCUAUUAACUUAGCAGUCGCGAAGUGUUGUGACUCUUUGGAUAUCAAACUCCUUUGGUGGACAGAACACCUUUCCAACGUAAACGAAAUUACGUUUCGCAGCAUUUUACUCGAACACAAAAGCAUCAAUGUCUUCACCACAGAACUGCUGUGAAGUUUGGAUUGACACGACAGAACUAAGAGAAAAGAAACGGGAGAAACGGAAACGACAGACGCGUCCUAUAUCUAAACUUCUUAACCCUCUGGCUCGUUGUGGAGGUUACGGUGUGGCAGUGGCGCUCAAUUUCACGCAGACUGUACACGCCAUGCCUGCGACCAAACAGAGCACCAUAUCCUCGUUCUUUAGCCCUCAGCGCAAAGAUGCUGAAAAGAAGCCAACUUUACCUCAGGAGCCGUGUAUGAAUGCAUCAGACACAGUCCCCAUAAAAUCUGCGGAGAGACAGUCAGUAACAGAUUUUGGAUGUCAGACCUCUAUGAAGACCUCUGACACCAUUUUUGAACGUGACAUAUCUGAAAUGACAAGUUCCAGAGAUGUUGGUGGGCAAUCAGUUCAUUUAUGUGAAAAAGACCAUCUUAUGUAUUCUGGUAACUGGAAAAAAGAGCAGACCUUCCUGCAUUUAAUCAGAGGAUGUGAGUCUGAUGAAGAAGUUGAAGAACCUGAGGGGAAGAGAAGGCUUUCUGAACUCUGUUCCAUCCCUGAAUCAGCAGGUGAACAAACACCAGUCCAGUGCCUGCCUAUUCCUGAAACAUUGUCCCUGAGCCAAUGGGAGCACAAUACCCAGGACUCCCAGUGCCUCAAGACCUUACAUCAAAGAAAUGUCCCAGUAAGAGAAGAUAGUGUAUUUAGUGUGUCCCAGAUGAGUGACAGGGAUUUCAGGGCUCAGAUGCCCCUUGCUGAGCACACCUCAACUCAGAGAAAGGUCUGUUCCCCCUUGCGCUCACUUGCUAAGAAUACAGGGAAAGAGAACUGCCCAUCUAGUACAGCUAGGUGGCAGGAUUUGGGAAGGAGUCGAUCACCACUAAAGAGGAGACCUCUGUCACCCAGCAGCGCUGCAGCUAAAUCUAGGCUAUUGGAGACUAAGUGUUCGUCACCUCGGAGAUCAGUCUUUAAAGUUGCUCAGAAGGAGUUUGAAACAGACAGCAUGGCCUCACUCUUCACACAGGACUCUCAGGGCUUCCGUGUGAUCGCCCACAGAAACCACCGAUCGUGGAGCCCUUUGAAGGACUGGACUAAUAAUUCCAGUCGGGGUGGUGGCUUGAAGGGAUCAUCUGACGAAGACACCGAUCAAGAUUUGGAAGCAGAGAUGCUGUUCACCCAAGACUCCCAGGGAAAUCUGGUUAUAAAGCACUGAGCAAGCUCCAAACAGAGCUGUAUGAAUAAUCUGUGUAUUUUAGUACUUGUUUGGAUUUUUUAAACCUUUUUUUCAUUGUAUUGUGAAGUGAUACAUUUUCAUCCCAGUAUGUCAUAUUUUUGCCUGUAUAGAUUGUGUCUAUACUCUAUACCUCUCAUACCUCAUCUUCAAACAUGCACUUUCAUCUUAAAAAUAAAAAUAAUCAAAUCAAUGCACACAAUGUAUUUGAAAGAGAUGCACUAGCAAGUGCAUUUUCAAUUACCAGCACUAAUCAGUGUAAUGUGAAAUACAGUGUUUAUCAAGGCUGAUGUAUUUCAUGUUUACAAUGUGCAAUAAAGCAUACUUUACAUGGGAAUUUUUCCAUAGUAACAGUUGUAUGUAGAAUAGUGUGUCAAAAUGACCUGCAUUUUUCAAUGUAUUGACAUAGUGACUCACUGUACCUGUGUUAUGUCAUUAAUAUUUAGAGAUCCAAAUCUUAUGACACUUUUUUAUUUUGAAAAAUAGGGGUUAAA